UAGUCUGUAUUGAUACAAGAGUCGGCUAGCCUUUAUUUUUAUUUGGGAGGUUUAAAAUUGGUGCUAUUGGUUUACAGACUAAAUUGCGCGCAUCUAGUCUAGUAUUGUUUCUAACUAUGAACUACCUCGGAGGAGAAAUAAAAGUAAAGUAUGCCUGCUUCAAAGUAAAUGGAUUGGCUGCAGUUCGAUCAGUGUACAAAGAAAGAGAGGGUCGGAGCUGCAGCGCGUCGCAUUCAUUCAGCAGCGCUCGUGUUGCGUGAAUUACGCACGAGAGGAGAGUGGACGUGAAUAUUCAGCAGUGGACUCGGAGCUCAGUGCGUAACACGGAGACGCCGGGAACCCCCAGUCUACGAGGAAAGACAUGGAAGUUUGCAAAGGACGUUUGCUGGGCAUCUCGGUGGCCGUUGCGCAUGGAUUUUUUUCGGGAUCGCUGAAUAUUUUGUUAAAAUUCCUCAUUACGACCUACAGCUUUACGUAUCUGACUUUAAUUCAGUUUCUGACCAGCGGCACUGCGGCUCUCACAUUAGAGGUGCUGAGGAGACUGGGCAAAAUAGAUAUACCACCCUUCAGCUUCCAGUUAGUCAAAGUUUUUGCAAGUGUCUGUAUUUUGGCAACUUUGCAGUCCACAUUAACCCUCUGGUCUCUCAGGGGAUUGAGUUUACCCAUGUAUGUUGUGUUUAAGCGAUGUUUGCCAUUGGUAACGCUCGGGAUUGGAGUGUGCGUACUGAAGAACGGGAUCCCAUCAGCUGGGGUAAUAACUGCUGUUCUCAUCACCACUGGAGGAGCAGCAAUGGCUGGUGCUGGAGAUCUAACAGGUGACCCCUUCGGCUACGUGACUGGCGUUUUAGCUGUGAUCGUCCACGCCUCCUACUUGGUGCUCAUCCAAAAAGCGAGUGCAGACAGUGAUUAUGGGCCGCUCACAGCCCAGUACACCAUUGCAGUGGUGGCCUCUCCCGUUCUCUUCAUCUGUUCCAUUGUAAGCAUGGACGCCAUUAACAUGUGGACAUAUGAAGGUUGGAAGAACCCGUAUAUCACAGGCAUCUUCUGCAUCUGCAUUCUCAUUGGCUGUGCGAUGAACUUCACCACACUGCACUGUACCUAUAUCAACUCGGCCGUCACCACCAGUUUUGUGGGGGUGGUCAAGAGUAUAGCUACUAUCACUGUGGGCAUGUUUGCCUUCAGUGAUGUAAUGCCAACCAAACUGUUUGUGGUAGGCGUGGUAGUGAACACCAUCGGCUCCAUCACCUACUGUGCGGUGAAGUAUCACGAAACCAAAAAGAAGUUAGCCUACCAGGAUAUGGAUGAGUCUGCUAAGGAUGAAGAACUUCCAGGAGAACCUUAUGUGGAACCAGCCAAGCCUGAUGGAGAUAUGGAAACUCUUCCAAAUAAUCUGGAGAGUGUUCCCAAUGGCAGCCUGACAGCAUCAGUUGACGGCAACGACCAGGGUUCUAUUCGUGAGAAUAAAGUGGCAGAGUCCAUAGAAUUAGAAAGACCGGGGAUCCCGACGGACGAUCCUACGAGACAAUCUCUGAGCGACAGUUACGUAGGGGUCUGGAAAACCAUUCAUACCUUAAAGUUCUUUAAGAAAGACACUUUACUUGACAACAUGGAGGUUCAAAGUCCUUGAUGAUUGGUUUUCUGCUUGAAAGAAGUGCAUGUUAAGUUUAAGUAUUGUUGAACUGAUGGUGUGAACAAUGUUUGGCUUUUUCUCUUCUGAACGUCAUUUUAUGAAAAAACAUUUAUUUUUUAUAAAAAGGUAUAGUCUGUUUGUAUAUUAGAGGGAGUAUAACUAUAUGACAUUGAGGAAUCCCCAAUAACAGAUGUGCCAAUUUAUUGCCUAAAAAUAAAAUAUCCUUUCAUUUGCGAAUCGGUUUAAAAUUACU